AGGCGCCAGGAGCCCUGCGUCCUCCGCUUCCGGCUCCCGGAACGCCCAAGGCGCGGGAGCGGCCGGGUCAGCGCUUGGACCUGGGUCCGGCCCGCAGCCUCAAGGCCCCGCGGGCGCAGCGGGGCGGGAGGCGGGGCGGCCCGGCCGUGGGCGGAGCGGCGGCCGCGGCCGUGAGCCCGCCCCCAACUCACCCUCAGCCGGCUGGCUGGCGCGGCCAUGGAGGUCUACAUCCCGUCCUUUCGCUAUGAGGAGAGUGACCUGGAGCGGGGAUACACGGUGUUUAAGAUAGAAGUGCUAAUGAAUGGAAGAAAACAUUUUGUUGAAAAGAGAUACAGUGAAUUUCAUGCUUUGCACAAAAAGCUUAAGAAAUGUAUAAAAACUCCAGAAAUCCCUUCUAAACAUGUUAGGAACUGGGUCCCCAAAGUCUUGGAACAGCGACGACAAGGCUUGGAAACAUACUUACAGAAAGAAUGCACUGGGACACUCUUUUCUGCAGCUGAGAGGAGCAAGCAGAACUGCCUAAGUGAGAUAGGACAAAGACCAUCUCUCUACCAAGUGACAGAAGAAGCAAAAGGAGAAGGUAGAGCAGUAUCAGCUUCUCUGAGUUUUAAAACAAAAAGAAAUAGCGGCCCCAGGUGAGUACUCAGUGUAGUCAUCAUUAAGUCCAAAGAACACUGUGCAGGGCAGGAGCUGGGGUGGGCAGGCCCUGAGGUCAGCCGGUACCAUCCUGCCACUAACCCUUCUUGGUGAGGCGGUAGGUGCCAUCCUGCCACUAACCCAUCUUGAUAAGGGCCAGUGAUAGGGUUCUUCCCUGGCACCAGAGUCCACUGGAGAAGCGACACAUGAGAAUGAUGGAGUGAACAUGACUGGGGGCAGGGGAAUCUUGGCUCUUUGAAACAAAAGAGCUGGACUCCCACCUAAGAGCUGUGAAUUAAUGAUUGACCCAUCUAAGACACGUUACAUCAAACAAAUGAGCAGCCCUGACUGUGUUCUCCCUUUGAUAUCUUCAUGGCCCUUUAAGCAUUAACCCUAGGGUGGAUUCUGUUGAGGAGGGAAACUGAGAACUGUGGAGCUAGUGUGCCGUUUCUUCUACAGAGCUCUAUGAAUGGCUGUCCCUGAAUCACUGGUGAUGAGAAGCUGAGGGGAGGCCGACUCCUCAGGCUUGCGCUUAGUGAGAAAUUCAGAGGACUAUCUCUCAGUAGAAAGAUGCCAGAAUUCCGUUCCUGGCCCUUGUAGUUUUCCUGGUCUUUACAGUGCUCUAAUAGGAAAGCUGACAUGCAGAAGGCCCCUGAGGACAUCUAAGGAGGGCUGUCUUUACUGUUUGCUCUUUUGCUUUUGGACUUGUUAGAAGAAUCCUUCACUGUCUCUCUCUGGGGGUGAGAGCUUAAAGGAAAUAGGAAUUAACAUCACAAGAAUGUGUGUGGCCAUGGUUUUUGAGACUGUGUAUGAGGAGCUAUGAUCCUUCCAUAGCUUCAGGCAACACUGCAGAGCAAAAAACAAACCAAAAAAAAAAAAAUCAGACUUCAGAAAAUUGUAUGCAAAGAGUAAAAAUGCAUGUUCUCUAUAAUUAAAUGGAAUAGGUAAACAAUGCAUUCUUAUUUGUAAGCCAGAUUUUCCAUGAUGCUAUAUAUCUUCAAACUUUAGUUCUGAAGAAAGUUCUACUCUGUUCCCCUCAUUGUAUUUGACACAUGAUUUCCAUUACUACUCAGUAUAAACAUUUUAGGUUGUUUGUACUUCGGAUGUAAGUAUGUGCAUAAAAUCAUCUGGCACAGAGAGGAGUUUAUAGUGACACUCAAAUUGAGCUUAGAAUUUUCUAUUCUCAGAAAUAAGGUUUGAAAGAUGUGGUCGAAGGGCUCAGAGGGCCCUUGCUUCCUGUUGUGCAUUUAAUAGUCAAUUUGUUGUCACUUAAUUCCUCCAGGAGUUCAAGGGAGCUUUCUUUUCCACUUGAUUCUACUUGCAGGCAAUGGGAGCUAGAUGGAAGUUGCAAAGAUAAGCCUGAACACUUUAUUAAUCUUAAAUUAAAUGCAAAUCCUAGCCUAGCUGUCAUAUCUUGAUCAUUUCACGUCUCUUUAGAAGUAAGACAGUAUUACUGUUUCUUUUGCUUGCUUACAUGACACCAGCUAGAAUCCAUGCAUGCUCAGGACCAGUCUGAAACCCAGGGAGUGGGUGCCACCAGCACUUUCUCAUCAGGUACCAUCCUGCCACUAACCCAUCUUGGUAAGGGCCAGUAGUAUGGUCCUGAUCUGGCCCAUGAGCCUAAAAAUGUAUUAAUACCUCCAAGCCAUAGCAUCUUAAGUGCACAGGAAACUUAGAUAUUACAUAGUCCAGCCCUUCAGCUAUUUCACAGUCAUCCCUCUGGCGUCAAUUUCCCACCCAUAAAACAGGCAGAUCAGCUCUUGAGAGGGUCAGAGAAAACAACUCUUCCUGCCAUCCAAGGGGCAACUAGUACAUUCUGGACUAUGGUUGAGUACAACCCCACACAUUUCCUAAGGUGAUUCCACACUGCUCUUUUAUUUUAGACAUGGACAAACUGAGGUCCAGUGGAAUUAAAAAUUUUGCCCCUAGCCGGGCGCGGUGGCUCACGCCUGUAAUCCCAGCACUUUGGGAGGCUGAGGCGGGCGGAUC